CUGCUGGCAGUGGUAACGGCGGCAGCUCCUUGCGGCGGACUGUUGUGAUGGGAGCUGACUGUGAAGGAGGAGCUAUGGCCCGGGGCUGACCGCCCUCUCCCACCGGACUGUGUUGAGGGGGAUUGUCAAGGCAGCGUUUCCCCUCUCCUUCCCCGGCAAGUGGUGCGCUCCGCAGGGCAGCUGAAAUUGACGGAGUGCGAGUUUCCCUGGCAGAUUCAGACAUGGCUGGAGCCGAGGCGAACAGGGGGGCGCUCCAAUACGAGCAAACUUUGAUGUAUGGCAGGUAUACCCAAGACUUGGGUGUAUUUGCCAAAGAAGAAGCAGCUCGUUUGCGCCAAGAAAAGGACCAUGCAAGAAUAUUUUCAAGAGAUCAUGUCAAGCGUGCUGAGCUGAUAGAGUAUGAUCGGAGCCGUUGUUCUAAAUGUAGAAUAUGUAGUGUGCGAUGUCAAACAUUCCUUAUCUCAAAAGUGGGAGAAGAUUGGAUCUUCCUGAUACUGCUUGGAUUAUUGAUGGCAUUAGUCAGUUGGGCCAUGGAUUUUGCUAUCGCAAUGUGCCUUCAAGCUCAGAAAUGGAUGUAUGGUGGCCUAGAGCACAAUGUUUUUCUGCAGUACUUGGCCUGGGUCACUUACCCUGUUGUUCUUAUAACAUUCUCAGCAGGAUUUGUCCAGAUCAUUGCUCCUCAGGCUGUAGGAUCUGGGAUACCUGAGAUGAAGACAAUCCUUCGUGGAGUGGUGCUAAAAGAAUAUCUCACUUUAAAAACUUUUGUAGCCAAAGUGAUAGGCUUAACGUGUGCGUUAGGAAGUGGGAUGCCUUUAGGUAAAGAGGGACCUUUUGUUCACAUUGCAAGUAUGUGUGCUGCAUUGCUGAGUAAAUUCAUGUCACUAUUUGGUGGGAUUUAUGAGAAUGAAUCUAGAAACAUUGAGAUGCUGGCAGCUGCUUGUGCUGUCGGAGUUGGCUGUUGCUUUGCUGCACCAAUAGGAGGUGUCCUUUUUAGUAUUGAAGUAACAUCAACAUUUUUUGCUGUCAGAAAUUACUGGCGUGGUUUCUUUGCUGCUACCUUCAGUGCCUUUAUUUUCCGCGUUCUGGCUGUGUGGAACAAAGAUGAAGAAACCAUCACUGCCUUGUUUAAAACUCGAUUUCGUCUAGAUUUUCCAUUUGAUCUUCAAGAACUGCCAGCUUUUGCAGUCAUUGGGAUUGCUAGUGGUUUUGGUGGUGCCCUGUUUGUCUACUUCCACAGGAAGAUAGUGGCAAUCAUGAGAAAACAAAAAACCAUUAAUAAAUUUUUGAUGAAAAAGCGGUUGCUUUAUCCAGCAUUGGUGACAUUGCUUAUUGCCACACUCUCAUUUCCUCCAGGAUUUGGUCAGUUCAUGGCUGGAGAGCUCACACAAAAGGAAACACUGGUCACUUUAUUUGAUAACAGGACCUGGGCCAAGCAAGGAAUUGCUGAAGAAUUUGACUACAUUGGGACUUCGGAGGCCUGGAAGCAUCCGCGAGCAAAUGUCUUUGUAACCUUAGUAAUUUUCAUCCUGAUGAAGUUUUGGAUGUCUGCACUAGCCACAACUAUUCCUGUGCCAUGUGGUGCCUUCAUGCCAGUCUUCGUUAUUGGGGCUGCAUUUGGUCGCCUUGUUGGAGAAAGCAUGGCAGCCUGGUUUCCUGAUGGUAUCCAUGCAGAUGGUAGUAUUUAUCGUAUUGUGCCAGGUGGAUACGCUGUUGUAGGGGCUGCAGCGCUGGCAGGUGCAGUGACUCACACGAUUUCCACCUCCGUGAUUGUUUUUGAGCUGACAGGCCAGAUCUCCCACAUCCUUCCUGUGAUGAUAGCAGUCAUUCUAGCCAAUGCCGUUUCCCAAAGUCUGCAGCCCUCUGUCUAUGACAGCAUUAUUCGCAUCAAGAAACUUCCAUACCUUCCUGAGCUUGGUUGGGGACAUCUUGAGAAGUAUAACAUCCGUGUUGAAGACAUAAUGGUAAGAGACAUCCACUUUGUCAUUGUAAACUGCAAGUACAGAGACCUGCAAGAUCUCCUUCACUGCACAAAACUCAAACACCUUCCUCUUGUUGAGUCAGCAGAUUCCAUGAUUCUUCUGGGCUCCAUUGAAAGGAGUCAGCUGCAAAGUCUUAUUGAUAAUCAGUUGAGUCGACGGCGGAGGAUGGACUAUCUGAAGGAGAAAGCUCAGAGUGAGAAGAAGGUGGAUGCUGACAGCCACCGAAUUAUCAAUGAAGGAAUGAAAGAUGUGCAUGAUUCUGGGGUCAGAUUUGAGGUUGGUACCGAGGGGUCGUCAUUUUCUCCAACUCGAAAUGGAUCACAGAAGCCAUUGAAACCAGCUUUAAAACGAGUUCCAAGUAGUUCUCAUGAUAUUGCAUCAGGAACAGGUCCCCUGGAUCAAACAGGAAUUGCGCUGAAAAGCCUGUUCUGUGUGAACCCAAUGGAUGAACCAGGAGAGAAUCAGGCAUUGUCAGAAUUCAGAAAGUCGAAACGUGUACGAAUAUCUAUAGUGGAUCAAUACGAAAUUGAAGAUGACAUGACUGCAUCAGAGAUUGCUGAAUGGGAGGACAAACAGUUUGAAGAGCAAGUGGACUUCAACAAUUGUAAGAUUGACCCAGCGCCCUUCCAACUUGUAGAAUGGACAUCACUACACAAGACUCACACCAUGUUCUCUCUCUUGGGACUUAACCAUGCUUAUGUCACCAGUAUUGGAAAGCUGAUAGGAGUGGUAGCUCUUAAAGAGUUGAGAAAAGCCAUCGAAGGAUCAGUCACAUCAAAAGGUGUGAAGAUGCGUCCACCAUUGGCUAGUUUCAGGGAAAGUGGCAAUAGCAGCAGUGAGUCAGAUACCACAGAGAUUCACAAACUGUGGGACAGAAGGGAGAGCCUUACACUUCCCCGUGAAUCCAGUCCAUCAGACACAGAUGACAAAUCACACUGAACAAGCCUUCCAGGGAACAAAUUGCCUCAGUAUAACUGCACUAUUCACAUUUAAUGCACUUGAUUUUGGAUGAGGAAAUGAAAUCUUUCUUUCAGCUGUUGACAGAAGUGUUGGGAAUUGUGUGGUGCACUUCUAAACAGUAGACUAAUUUCAAGUUGAUAAACCUUAAAAGCACUGAUUCAACGUCAUGUUGACAAGUUUCUGGAGUUCUCUUCUAGUCAGCACAUGUUAGUAAAUAUCUUUUUUUCAAACUUGUAUGAAACCCAAUCUAUUAAUUGAUAAGUUAAUGUCUGAAAAUAAUUGUAUUGAGUCUUUGAGUUUGGAAAUGCAAUAGUUGACAAAAUGAUUUCACUUCCACUAGGUAUUAAUAUGUGGACUUAUUUCUCAGCAGUUUAUGUCUUGAAGAUAUCAACACUUGGUUUGUGCCAGUGUUUAAUGAAAUAAGCUUGUAUUAUGUGAGGUGAUGCACUCAAAUUUCUUUUUAAAUGGAAGUUCAGCAUUUCAACUGGUCAGUUGAAGCGAACUGUGGGAAUAUGCUGUGUUGAAAUGAUGUGUGAGGCCAAUUCUUGUGUCUGACCAAACAUUCUAGUGUGCCAGUAAAAUAUGCCUAUAGGAUGAGCUGUAUCAAUGUGCAAAUUUUUUGUUUGCAUAGAAGCUGCACACCUGUCUGAUCCAGAAUAUUAUUUGACUGCACUUGGCUACUUUUCAAGAAAUGUUAUAGUCUAAUCGUAACUAUGUAACAUACAGACCCUUCUGCCUAAUAACGUCAGGAAGAUGUUUUGAAGAUUUUAUGAGUGUGGUCUUUUUUGCCUUCCAGUUAGAAAAUUCCACGAAAGAAAUUGAAUCUGGUUGCUGUUAGGACAGCAGCUAGCAUUUUGGCAAAGCUGCCACACAUGCUGAAGUAUUCCCAAUGUAACUUCUGCACUGGUCAGAAUGCCUAUUUCAAGGAAAAUUAUUCCACAGGCAUUGCAGCAGGUCUGAUUCAAAGUUAAUACCUCAUAACUUGCGUAUCCAGGGAAGGAGUUAUUGGCUACUGUAUCUUAUUAUAAUCAAUACAGCUUCUGAUCAAAAUUUAACACAGGACAAAUUACUUAUGGAUUCCUACUUUAAAUCAAAACUUUUCAAUUUGAAUUUUAGUCCAGUUUCAUUUAUGUUUAAAGUAUUGGCUUUCUCCCAAUGUUUGAAUUCUUGUUCAGAGCAGGUGAGAUGUAUUUCCAUAAGCGAACCAAGUCACCUAUAAAGAGAAACCUACUUCCUUUUGCUCGCGGUGAUUAUUUUCUUUCAAGUAUAUUCCGUUGUUGGUUGAUUCUGCACGAGUUAAAUAGAUACUGUACUGUCCUGGCUUGGGUUUUGCAGUCAUAAUUAGGCAAACUGUCAGUGUUCACUGUCAUUACUCAACCUAAAUUACAGCUUCGGGAGCCUGCACGUGUGUUGUUAAAUUUUGAGACCCAGAAGUUGCUGUCCAUGAUUCAGGGGUAUGUUAUCGAUGUCCUCACAGACAGUGAACAAGUACAAAUUACUGAACUGAAUAAAACACAUUCUUUUAAGCUGUUAGUUGUGCUGUAGAAACUCCUGGAAAACUCACACCUUGUUGGAUAUAAUGUAACUGGAUAUUUAGUAGAGUUUAUAAAUAAUGCUAACCAGCUCCAUUAUCACUGAAAGACUAAUUUCAUAUUAGUGGAAUAUCAAAUGUCUCAAUUAUGAUAAAAUUGAAUUUUCAACCUCUUUUAAGAAAGAAAUUUGUUAAUGAUAUUUCAGUUUUAACCCUAAUUCAAUGUUUGUCCCAAUUAUCUAUUGUUAUUUGCAAAUUAUAAACACUGAAAAUAUCAUGCAUUUUAUUUCUUGCUUGCUGCUCUUUGAAUGGCUGAAGAGCCCCUUAGCUUGAUGCCAGAUUUAGAGUGAUGUCAAGAAUGAGGAAAUGCGCUAAGAUUGGAUUUUUAUGGGCAAUCUCCUUCAAGUUCAGCAACAAGUCUUGUUACUUUGUCACUGACUGCAAUAUGUGAGCCAUUCUGUUCAAGCAAAUUCUAAAUGUUGGAUAUAUUUACAAGUGAAAUAAUGCACAGAAAGCAGUAAGGAUGGUUAUGACAUUGAAUGUACAAACAAAAAAGAUAAAUUCAAUCUAUGUACAUGCAAGAUAAUUAUAAAACACACAGAUGGUAUGCUAUUGUUUGACUGAAACAGGCCUUUGUAGCCAUUUCUAUGCAUACAACCAUGGAUGAGCCAGUUCCUAGGUGAACGCUAGAAUUCAGAUUCACAAAUAAACUUAUAGUUGACCCACUACUGCCUUUUUUCCAAAACAAAAUCCUUUCUUGUCCCUGGUAUUAAUGUUUAGAUCUUGGAAUAAAUUCAACAAAGCAGAGAAAUUCAAGAUUAGGAAAAUAUGAGCAAUAGUGUUGUUAAAUGACUUAUCUUAGCCUACUCUCCUAUCUGACAAUGCGUAACACUGAAAGAGGAAUCUUUCUGAAUUCAACCAAGUGACCAACUCUUCCAAGGGUUUCUUUCCUGCUAAUAGGGGUAAUGAAUUUGCCUGUCUCCUCAAUCUUUGAGCGUGAAUACAUGCAUCUUUAAAAGAUUCACUGUCCAGGCACUGAAACAUUGCUUUAAGUAAUUGUUUUUUAAUACAAGCCAAGUCGACAACAAAGUCAAUGAGAAGAUUUUUGGUAGAAGCAUUGAUGAAUAUUUUUACCUAUAAAUAAAUCUCUUGGCACAGUGUCAGCAAGCUGUAAAAUAUGCCAAAGGCCAACUUCUAAUGAGCCUUUAUCAUGUCUAUACUAUGGACAAAAUAUAAUACAGAAACCUCAACAUCCUGUCAUAGAUUAGUCCUGCCUGCCUUUUCCAAAUUACAUAAGUUAAUGAUCUCAAACUUUGUUUAAUAUGGAUUUUAAGAGCAGAAAAUUAACACUUCAAGUUUCAAUUUAAGAUUAGUAUAAUGUUCAAAUGAUUAAGUGAUGAUGUAAAAGGUGACUUCUUGCCAUUGAUGGUUUUUAACAAAUUACUGAAUGUGGAACAAAGAAAAUUAAUGUUCACAUGGUGUCUUUAGCACACUUUAGCACGUGAACUAAUGACGUUAACUGGCAGCAUAUUGGUUCUGCAGCAGCUCUUCAUUUAUUGCAAACAUGAGUUUACCUGCAGAGACAAAGGGCUCCACUGCAAUCAUUGAAUAGUUGAGCAGUUUCUCAGACAAUGCUGCAAACAAAAAGGAUACAACUUGACUUAGCAAUCUAAGUGGACAGUACUUUUCUAUAAUUGACAGGGUACACUGUAUUGCUGUUUCUCAUAUCCAAACAUUUAAUUUUUUGGAGUUUUUAUCCCCCAAAUUUGUGUGAGAACAUCCUCUCCUCUGUGUUUCUACCUCUUUUUGCCCUCCUGAAAACAUUGUGCUAGUUAACAUUUAAUCUGUUCUUGUAAAUGUACAAUCUACAAAUACAGCUUACAAAUUCACCUUUUAAUAAGAAAUUCUACGUGUUUCUCAGUUACACAAUUCAGACAUGAGAGGCAUCUAUUGCUGUUGAUUGAAAAUGCACCUUUUUUUACAGAAUAUUUAACAUAGUUAAUUAUUGUGGAUCUCGUGCUGUAAUUCUUCGUUUAUUUGUGUUUUCCAUGAGCCUGUGUUUCUUUAAAACAGUCUUUAGUAUCAUUUUCUACUCUUGGCUGACUAGUGAGUACUAGGUAUGCACCUAAAAUCUUUUCAUUCCAUUUCUGUCCAUUCAAGCUGCAAUGCUGUUCUACCUAAAAACUAUUUAGAUUUGUAUUCACAUUUCAUUCCACAAGAAAUUUUAUUUGCUUAAAUGUCUAUUAUAGAUUACUGUGUCUAAAAUUGCAUAUAAUAGAUAAUCAUAUGAUUUAGAUUUGGAAUGGUCAUUUAUAAAGUUUUAAUAGGAAAUAUUACUCAAAUAAAGUUAUAGAAAUGAAUCUGAUUUUAAAGAGAUCGAAAAAUCCAAAAAUCUCAUUCAGGCCUUAACAUUAUAUUUGUAAUAAAUUAGCAUAUUAAGUAAAAUAAAUACAAAUUAGUUGCCUAAUUAUCAAACGUGAUAUGUUGUGUUAAAAUCUUACACAUCAUAAAAUGGCAAUUUUAUUUUAAAUUUAAGAAAAUAACCAUAUCAUUUUAAAUCUAUUAAAUAAUUUAAAUAAAUCUAUUAAGCACACACACUAUGAAUAGAUGAAAUACAAACACCUCAUGAAUGGUCAUGUAGAUUUAAUACAUUGUGUGUUAUUUACAUAUGCUAUUCUUCUUAUUAGUUUAGUUUCAGUAAUUUGGUAUUCUGCAGUCUUUUUUUCCUCGUGUGUUCAUUAAAUAAUAUUUGUGCACACUGAACCAGUUAUGGACUGCAGAUUUGUAUCUUUCAUUUUUUUCUCCCAAUUACUUUUUAUGUUUACGCUGCACUUUGCCUAUAUACUUAUCUUUUAUAUCAAUGUCAUUAGAAAGGCAUUCCUAAGCAGAAUCUUGACACACUUGGCUUAUCAACGAUUUUUCUUGAAUUAUGAAUCUUUCUUUGGACAUUUGCCGGAAUCCUUUGACAACCGAAUACAGUUUACAUGAUCAGACUAAAUUAGGAUGUAACUGUCAUUCCACAGUAGAAACUAAUCCAAACAUGAAUGUGAUUUUGGUUCACUUUUUCUUCUUUGUAUAAAAAUUACUAAUUUUACUACCUUUUUUUGCACUCUUCCUCAGUGGUCACUUUCAUUACAACUUUGAGAAACUGACAGCUAACUACUAUGCAUCGCUAUUUCAACAUUUUAGACAAUAGGAAACACAACUGCUGUUGAGUAAUUAGGUAAGCUUAAAGUCACAAAUAGAUAUGCAAAGUAAGUUUCCAAACUGUUGCACUGCCACCAUCAUAUUAGUUGCUGCUUCCUUGGUACAAGUUAGCCUUUCUAAUGCUUAGAGUUUGCAUGUAGAAAUACAAUGUAAACUCAAUAAGCAGACUUUAUUCCAGGGAACUUUGGCCCUGUUUCUGGUUUGGUUUUACUGAAAAUUUCACAGGUUGUUAUUGCAUAUUAAGCAUUUACUGCACGAGAUAUCACUACCAUACAUUUCAUAAAUAAUCUGCUUCAUACUAACUUGUUUGAACAUACAUUCUGGAUUUGUUUUGAAUUGUUCUUACUCCUGACCUUCAAACCCACCUGUUAAGAUGUCUGCUGCUCCUACUGUUGACCUCAAAACAUUUCUUCAACAAGAACUCAUUUCUCAAGAUUUCAGCCUUUUGCUUUGAAUUGCAUUGUGCGUAAAGACGGUGGUGUAACAAUCAUUUCAUUUAAGCCUUUCUUAUAAUUAUUAUUUAGUGCAAAGGAAGCAUUUGGUGAAUGGUGUUAAAAGCGUGGCUUGAAUACAGAAGAUUACCUUGGAUGGCCUUAUAGCCACCACAGUAAUUCUAAUUAUAUCUAAUUUCCUCCCAUAAUGACAUUAUAUCUUUUAAGUAUAAUUUCUAUUCAGAAGAGAUGAGCAUUGCAAUGAACUGAACAAAGGAUUUAUGAAAGAGUGACAAUAAUAUUCUGAAAAAUUAGAUUAUUGAUAAGGAAGAUUGUUGAUAAGGAAGUUAUGUGAACUCUGCAAAGUUUGCUAAACGUAAGUGAAUAAUGGAUAUGAAUCAAGUGUUGCAAAUAUUCUACAGUCUUAUGGAAUUUCCUUUUGAAAUGGUGGCUAAAAUCAAAAAAUCAACUGCAAAUCUGCAAAUUGUAAUAACUUUUAUAAAACUUGUGAUGAACACUGUGAUGAGUUUUCCAGCUUGCAAUGUUCAUGCAAGUAUUCUAAAUUAUAUGUUAUUAAUUAUUUGACCAGUUCCUGUUUAGUUGGUGUAUAAUACGUAUUGUAGUAGCGUGCCAAGAAACAGUUUUCAUAGUCCUUCUAGAAAUGUGAUUCUUAAAUGAAGGCAACCUUUUUAAAAAAAAGUUCAACUGAGCAUUUUUAAUAAUCUUCUAAAUACCAAAUAACAAUGUGACUUCAAAGACUGGAGUAAUUUAACUAAGAUAUAACAAUUGGAUUGCAUUUUAAUGUUGCAGUAAUUUCAAUAUCUUUUCUAUAUAAUAUGGAUCAGUGCUCUUAAACAGAAGCUGUGCUUAUUCAGGUCUUGUAUAGCUUUUCUUAAUUAAAAAAAAUUACAUGGGUACUCCAUGCUGAUAAUAUUAGCCUCAGAAUCACUUGUGCAAUAAUUAUUUUGUAUGGCAAAUUUUGCCUAACAGUUCCAUGAAUGGAGUUAAUUCAAUUAACUUUACUUUUGGUAUCAAGAAUCGAUGUCCAUUUAAAGUACCAGUUGUAAUUGAUCAAAGUUUGGUCUUUAAUUUUGUUUUGUGCUAUGAAUGUUCUGAUUAUAUUUUCUGAUCCAGAAUUCAGUAAAAUAAUAUCUGUAUAUUAGAGUGAGUUCAGAGUUUAACAAAAAUGUCAGUGUUAUUUAAAAAUAAUCUG